AUGUGGCCUUCGUCAGCCGACGCUACGCUAAUAGGCAGGAGGGCGUUCUCGACUCUCCGACCUCUAUUUAGCCAUGACAAUCCUCUGGGGCUCCCGCGUUCAGGAACCCCGCCGUCUUUCCCUCGUCGCCGUGGUCUUCCCGAGAAGCGCAAGAUCCGAGAUGUCAAGAAAGUGGUGGCGGUCUCAUCUGCAAAGGGGGGUGUAGGGAAAUCGACGGUUGCGGUAAACCUCGCCCUUUCAUUUGCUCGCCGCGGCAUCAAGACUGGAAUCCUUGAUACCGAUAUCUUUGGUCCAUCUAUUCCAACUUUACUCAAUCUCUCGGGCGAGCCACGCCUUGAUGAAAACAACUGCCUUGUCCCCCUUACGAAUUACGGCCUUAAAUCCAUGUCAAUGGGCUACCUUCUCCCACAGACUCAAUUCGACAACGCCACUGGCGAAGUGCCCAUGGAUACUACCCCGAUCUCCUGGCGCGGCCUCAUGGUCACUAAAGCAAUGCAUCAGCUACUACAUUCAGUUUCAUGGGGACCGCUCGAUGUUCUCGUGCUAGAUCUUCCGCCGGGAACUGGUGACGUCCAGCUCACGAUCAACCAGGAAGUUCUCAUCGAUGGCGCCGUGAUCGUGACAACCCCUCAAGACAUCGCACUCCGCGAUGCUGUACGUGGUUUCGGCAUGUUCCAGCGCAUGGAUGUCCCUGUCCUUGGUAUGGUUCGCAACAUGGCUUACUUCGCCUGCCCGAAUUGUGGCCACCAAACCAAAAUCUUCUCUCAUGGGGAUGGACAUCAUUCCCAUGGGGAUGAUCGUGGUGUUAUAGCAGAGUGCAAGCGACUAGGGGUCGACUUCCUUGGCGAUAUUCCCCUCGAUGCGCAGGUAUGUGAAGAUGCAGACCGCGGAAUGCCGACCGUUGUGGCAGAGGAGACCGCAGAACGGAGUGCUCGACGCCAGGCUUUUCUUGAUAUCGCUGAGCAAGUGGCCAAGAAGAUUGGUCUAGAGUGGCACUAA